ACGAUUAGUGAAAAUUGUUUGCAAAAACUUUAUUGUAACCAUGGAUGUGCCGACUUACAAGUGCAUUAUUAUUGGCGAGAAACGCUGUGGCAAGACCACGUUUUUGAGACGCCAUCUAACUGGAGAAUUUAAGAGCGAGUAUGUCCCCACGGACAAGAACUCCGUCAACAUAGACACGCUGAUCUUCAGCAGCAAUCGCGGACCCAUUCGAUUCGAUGUGUGGGACUGGGGCAAGGAGGAUGAGGAGCUGGGCCGCUAUCCAGAUGAUUUCUACAGCAACAGCCACUGCGCUAUCAUAAUGUUUGAUGCAAGCUCGGUGGAUCUCUUCCAGAAUUUCCACAAGUUUAUGACGCUGAACAAGAUCUGUCCAGGCAUUCCAAUAUCCAUCUGUGGAAACAAGUCGGAUAUCAAGCCUGGAUCCGAUUUUCCAUUAAAUCCGGCACACCGUUUGUGCAAAAUAUCAGUCAAGACGGGGCUCAAUAUGGAUGGACCGUUUCUUUAUCUGGCCCGCAAACUGUUUAACGACUUCACUUUGGAGUUCGUUAAACUGCCACCACUGGUCUUUCCUCAGCCUGGAUGCGUAUCGUAAAGAUGUCAAGUCUUAAGUAAUUCGAAGAAAGACCAAACAGACCAAAGAUCACAGAGCUACACAAAAAUCAGAUUAAUCCAAAGGAAGACGACAAAGCAUUCACCUCUAACCUUACCACACAUACACUAUACAUAUUUGUAACACUUGAAGCCGUGCGUAUAACACAUCUGUGGAUCCACAAUCUAUUUGUUUGGUUACAUUACAAAAAUAUCUCUGAAAAUUA